UAUUGAGAUGGGUCUGAAGGGGGCUUGGUGUUUUCCGUGGUGUGGGUGCCGGAGACAGCGGGGGACUGCAAGAGGGACAGGCCUGGAACCUGCAUCCCCUCCAGAUCCCAGCCCAGCUGUAGCCCCCACUGUGGCCGGGGGACUGUCCUCCCCAGGGGCUGGUGCCUACUUAAGCCGGAAAGCUCGACUCUCCUUCCGGCACCAGCUGCAUGACGUGGCAUCAGCCAAUGACUCUACCAUCUGAAAGGGACAACCAGGGGCCAAACUUUACUCCAGGAAGUCUUAGCACCCUUCUGUCACAUUUCUCAGUGGUCCCAAGUCUGUCAUGACCUCAUUAAAUUUGUUCAGAGUCACCAA